AUGGUUAGCGAGACUCAAAUCAACAAUGACUCAAAUGACACCAGCAUUGUUAGCCCAGAAUCCUCGGGGGAUGAGCUCAUAGGCUCCUAUCUCAAUGCUGACGAUCUACUAAAUCAGCCUCUGCCAGGACUCUUGAGGGGAGAACACGGCAUAGAGACGAUCACAAAUGCCCCUAGAAUCUUUCAUAAUUACGAGGGUGAACUCGCUCCAUGGAAAGACUUCAAAGAGAGUGUCAUGGCAUUCUACAAAGAUCCACGAACCAAAGCCGAGUUGGACCGUUAUGCUAAGGUCCCUAUCUAUAUGGGCAAAGCUAUCGAGGAGGUCAACAGCGAAGCCAUGACCCGCGAGACGAUUCAAUGUGGCGCCGGGAUUUCGCUUUCUGGUCGAUUAUUCUCUAGGGUACUCGCAGCUGUGAUUUCAGUUGUUCGCACAUUGGUUGUUCCAGCUCAUGGGAAGAGUGCAAAUCCGACUCUAUUGCCUCAGAAACUCGCGUUCGGAGAUGCAAAGAUUUUGGAUAAACACCUUCGAGUCGAUGGAAUGGAGCCUGAUAUACUACUCAAGCUGCCUAUCCAAGGUCGAGACCAAAUCCGAUUGGUUGGGGAGAUCAAAUUUCACCCUUUAGUAAACUUGGAGAGAAUGAUGCAAGGCAUUAUUGACGGCGAUUCAACGGAGUUUCGUGCAAUCCUUGGCCAACCAGUCAACUACAUGCUUGGUCACAAACUCAAAUACGGGUUCAUCACCACUUACGACCAAAUCAUCUUUCUCCAACUGGACCAACGUGAUGGGGGAGAAGGCGAUCCCUGCAUCUAUUUCUCGGAUGUCAUACGAUACGAUGACGUUAGCCACGAUCCCAACGACAAAGUUAGCGACAAUUCAAAUGACAACGUUAGCCACGAUGCAAGCAGCGACGAUAGUGACGAUAGCGACGAUACAAGUAACGACGUUGCAGACUUUCCAACAAGCAAGUAA